AUGGCGCUGGUAGUGUCCAUCCUGAGCGCGCUCUUGCUGACGCACGUAUGCACAGGUGACAAGUCCUGUGAGAUCUGGUCCAGCGCUGGUCUUGUGGUGCAGAGAAAUUCAACAUUUCAGGUUUACUGCACUUUUAAAUUCAACUGCAAAGGCUCCAUGUACAGCGGGCACCGCCCAUUAGUCCAGUUCCACAGGAAACACAAUGAGACCACCAUUUACCUGGACGUGGCCCACCUGUCUGACCACCGCACCUUCAGCUGUAACUGUGACGACCCCAGUAGCAACACGGACCCCUGCGGGCUGGACAUUUUAGCAGGAUAUCCUCCUGAUCGGCCUGCCAACUUUUCCUGUGUUCACCAGAUUUCAGAAUUUAACCAUUCUUCUACUGUUGAAUGCAAGUGGGCCAGUGGACGGCAAACAUACAUAAGAAGUAACGCAAAAUUAUGGGUCAGGACUUUCAGCCACAACACAUCAGGAGCAGACGAAGUGUCGAGUGUCUCUGCUAAAGGCUCUUCUUCUGUGGCGGCGAGUUUCACUGUGGACACUUCUGUUCAGGUCGUCUCUGUUUGGGCCAGUGUCACAAACCAGCUGGGCUCUGCUCAAACUCACCAAAAGAAUUACACACUGAGUGACAUCAUGAUGCCGCCUGUCCCCGCGCCGCCUCAAGUCCACUGUUGGUCCAGGAACUGUUCCAUUAAAGUUCAGCAGAAAGUCCAGACCUUUGCACUGAACAUUGACUACAGAGACGUAGAAGAGGAGCAGUGGACGCCUCAUCCAAAUGUGUCCAAUGGUUUGGUCGAGUCACUGCAGCCCUACACACUGUACCAAUUCAGAGCAAGGUCGAAGUUUGCAACAGGACUGUGGAGUGACUGGAGCAGGCCUGUCUCCGUACGGACUCAAGAAGAAGCUCCUGAGCGUGCACUGGACGUGUGGUAUGCUGUCGAUCCCAGGACAGAGUCCAUGAGAGUCUACUGGAAGAAACUGCCCUUGUAUGUUGCUCACGGAAAGAUUUUGGACUACACCAUCACAGUGUAUCACCAAAACUCAGUCCAAACUCUCAAUGGGAGCUCAGAUAAACAAAACAUCUCAGUGCCCUUAUGUUCAGAUUGUGACGUCACAGUGAGCGCCCGCAACACCAAAGGGCACUCUCCUCCUGCCAACAUCACCAUCCACACCUCUGAAGCUAAGGACGUCCUUGUGCCGGUGAUAAACAAGAACAAUGUCACCCUCUGCUGGAGACAACAUGCAAGUGCAGCUCUUCCCCUUGACUGUGUGGUUGAAUGGUUUCCCAGAGGGCAGAAACUGGAGAAAAUGCAGUGGCUGAGGAUAAGCGGAAACAGCAGUCAGGUUGUCAUCACAGAUAUGGAGCCAUUUCAAUGCUAUGAAGGAUCUGUGUAUGUUUUCUAUAGUGACAAGUCCAUGGAUAGACUUAGGUUUUCUGAUAUCAGCAUCGCAGAUUUAGCCCCCACAGCUGGGCCCUCUGUGGAGAGACUUGUCGAGGGAACGACAGUCAACGUGAACUGGUCUGAGCCUGACGUGGGACAACACAAAGGCUGCAUCACCACAUACACCAUUUACUUAGAGAACAGUAGCAGAUUCGUGACCACCUAUAAUGUAUCAGCCUCACUUAGGUUUCACGUCAUUAGUGGCCUGUCUCCAGCGGCCUACAGCAUUUGGAUGACGGCCUCCACUGCUAAAGGAGAAGGCAAACCAGGUCAAAAAAUCAACUUCUUCAUCCAACAAGAUUCUCAAAUGGCUCUCAUUGUCAAAUUGGCGCUUCUUGCUGUUUUCAUGUUGUUUAUACUCUGUGCUUGCCAUAUUCCGGCAGUAAAGGAAAGGAUGUGGGUGUAUCUCCAGUAUUUCAUGCCUGAUAUUCCCGACCCUGCAAACAGUAAAUGGGCAAAAGAUUGUCUAAAAGAGAAGGACGUGAGUCUCCAUCCUCAGCUCAGCACCACCACAGAGACGGAGGAGGAGGACCUAGUUUGUGUGCAGAUCCAGGAUUUGCCGCGGCCUCUGCUCUCCCCCCAGACCAGCCUGACCUCAGACACAGAUCUCAGGCCUCUUUACCCAGAGAUCAUCUACAUCACAAGCCUCUCACACGAGUCGGACUGUUCGGGGCACACUCAGACGAUCUCCCUGGACACAAACGACUAUAUGUCCUCUCACGGGACAGAGGCCAUGUCUGAGGCGGAGGACAAUGAGGAUUUCAACACCUUUUUCCCAAGUCACAGUUACUUCCCAGAGCAACUUGAUUUUGGACCAAAGUUGACUCUUGACGCAGUGAGAAUUGGCGGAGGCGAUUUCUUUUCACUAGCCAGUUGA